AUGCGCUUCCUGCUCUGCCUCUGCGCGGCCGUGCUCGCCGCAGCCACAACUGUGUUCAUCUCAAGCGUCGGCGCAGAUGUUGCGGUCCUCCUAGCGCACGACAACCCCACCGUCACCGGCCGGAGCCGGACGCUGCUGCAAGACGGCAGGAAAGCGUGCCCGGUGAACCUGGCGGCGGCCAACUAUACGGUGCUGACCAGCCGGUGCCGGUGGCCUCCAUUCGACCCGCUGCCGUGCUGCGCGGCGUUCAAGGACCUGGCGUGCCCAUACACCGACUACAUCAACGACGUCAACGGCAAUGACUGCGCCAUUACCCUGUUCCGUUACAUCCGUCUCCAUGGAGGCUACCCGCCGGGCGUCUUCUAUGAGAACUGCAAGGAAGGGCCCAAGGGGCUCAAGUGCCCCGAUGAUCAGGGCACCCUGUAG